AUGAAAAGAAGCUUAGGAGCCCGCGCUGGAUCCUUCCUACUGCUGUUGCGAGGCGCCGAGGCUAGCCCCAGCAGCAGCAGCAGCAGCGACAGCGCAGGCCACCCACAGACCACCCGCAAGGAGGCCCAGCCAGUCUGCAGAGACGAGCAGGAGGCCCGGAAGAAGAAGCUCGGAGCCUUCCGAUCGUUGCCCGUCUUCAAGGCCUCGUUCCUCCGCACGGGCGGCCGCGAGAAGCCCGAGGCUACAGUAGGAGCCCACAAGGCCCAGGCGACGGUCGAGCGCAGGCCCUCGCUGCCCUACGAGAGCGACGACGACGGCGACGACAGCUACGCCGAGGACUACAACCACGACAGCGGCCGAGUGAACAGCCGAAGCCGCAGAAGAAAAGCGAGGAAGCCCACCGCCAACUCCAAGCGGAAGGAGGUGCGCCGCGAGGCGGAAGAAAGCGGGAGCGGCGACCGCGCCCCGACCGCGCGUGGGAAGGAGCUGCUUGAGGAGGAGGAGGAGAGCGACGAGACGCAGUCCUCAACUUCGAACGAAUCAGAUGAGGAGACGACCGAGGAAUGCGUCGUCGUGAAUUCCAGCGACGAGACUGACGACGAUGACAGCGACGAUGACAGCGACGCGGAUGGAUCGUCCGAUGGUGAAGAGGAACGCAGAGUGUCGCGGAGACCAUCGGAGGUGAAGGCGGAGGUCAAGUCGAAGCGCCAGCGGGCGCGGGAGCGGGAGAGGAUGAAGGUGGAGGAGGAGAAGCGGCGGCAGAAGGUGGAGAAGCGGAAGCUGAAGAAGGUGGAGAAGCAGAAGAAGCGUGAGGGGCUCGAGGAGAUGCAGAGGCAGAUCCAACAGCUGCGCGAGGAGAAGGAGCUCAAGCGGCAGGAGGAGAAGGACCUCAAGGAGCUCCGGCGCAUCGACAAGCUCCUGGCCAGGGAGCGCGAGCGCGAGGAGAAGAAGGUCCUCAAGCUGCAGCAGAAGGAGCAGCGCCAGCGCGAGAAGCUGCUCAAGCAGAAGCAGAUGCGGGAGCUCAUCCUGGCGCGGCUGGGCCGGCCCGCCGAAGUCCAGGCGACGCCGAUCAACAUCGACUCGCACUCCGUGCCGCGCGAGAUGGAGGCGGUCUCCUCGGUCGGGUCGACCGUCACGUCGGAGCGCGAGGAGCAGACGACCCUGGCCACCGAGAGCCGCGAGGCCACCACCCUCCUCACGAUGAAGGAUUCGAUGGCGCUCCUCGACGAGGUGGCCGCCGAGCAGGACGUGGAAUCGGGUCGGCAGGUGGAUGACGUCGACCUCGAGGAGAAGCAGAAGCAGAUCGAACCACCGAAGGGCGCUGGCGAGGAACCUGAGCCUCGCGUCUACUCCAGCAUUGUGGGCCUGCCGACUACUCGAGGGUCGGACCAGCAGCAGGAAGAGGUGCGCAUCACGGUGAUCGAGCGACGGCCUAGCAUCCCGCCGAGGCAGAUCGAGCCGGCCGAGGAGGAGACCGAAGAGGCGGAAGACGAGGACGAGGAGGAUGGGAGAGGCAGGCGGGUGGCCAACAACCGAGGAAGGGUCACCGACAUACCUGCGCUUCGGUUGACCGACAAGCCGUCGGCGGCCGCCAAGCGGAGCCCCAGGGCCAAGGCGAGCCACGCCUCGUCGGCGCAGCUCAUCCGGGGCCUCAUCGGCUUCGACGAGCUGGAGGACGCUCUGUUCGAGCUCAACCGGCAGGUGGAGGAGCUGCGCACCCUCACCAAAUAG